AUGGAGGGAGACGACCUGGAGAGCAGAGUGAACCACUUCUACGGAGUGGUGCAGCAGGAAAUCAUAAACUUUUUCACAGAGGAGAAAGACAAUAAUAAGUACCUCAGUUACGCACGGAUACAACUGUUAAUGCAAGAUUUGAUGGAUUAUCUAAAUAGUGAUGGGUUCUAUAUCUUUACCAAAGCGUGCCAAGGAGGGGGCAACAUCAGGUACCUCCAAGAACCCAAGCUGUUCUCAUUUUCAGUGAUCCCACAGAUGCUAAGUCGAAGUCUCCUACAACUCUGCCAGGAGUGCACAUUGCUUUACUCGCAAUUAUUUGACAAUAUCGUUUGCGAUAUGCAUUUUUUAUUAAGCGUGUUUGAAGGGAUAAAAGAGUACGACGAUUUUUGUGGUAGGCUGAUUGGGAUUUGCGAGAGGGUUUAUUUGAGUAAGGAGGGCCCAGGGAGAGACAUAAAAAACGACAUACGUUGCGUUAUUGGCCGGUCGGACUACAUGCUGGACAGCCCUGGGGGGGGGCCACAAAGCGGAAGAAGCGGAGAAAGCGGUGAAAGCGGCGAGAUGGGAGAAAUGGGACGAAGCGGACGAAGCCAGCCAGGCGGACAAAACUGCCAAGUUAAACAAAUCGAGUACAACACCAUUUCGGUGGCAUUUGGCAACCUGUCGUCUGUGCUGUUCGAGGCGCACAAGAGCAUGCUGAAGCAGGUUUACCGGGAGUGCUUCCCCCUCGAGGGGGAGGGGCAACCGCUAGAGAAGGGGCUACCGCAGGGGGAAGUGCGGGGAGGACGGCCCCUAAAGGAGGUGGGCUCCAUCCUGGAGGGGAAAUUCAAAAAUGAUUUCCUCGAGGGGAUAGUCACGUGCAUGAAGAAGUGCCACGAGGAGUACCUCACCAAAACACAACCCUUGCAAGGAAACAACAAAACAGUUAUCCUUUCCAUUCUACACAAUGAGGAUCUAAACAGUUUCGAUAAAUACAGAACCAAGUAUGAGUUAAAUAAAAUGGACAUAAGUCAGAAAUGCCUAACGAUAAAGGAGUUGCAACUUUUUUAUGAAAAAAAAAAAUUAUUUUUAAAUUAUCCUCAUGAGACGUUAGCAGAGACAUUAAAAAGGGUGAAGGAAUGUCAAAAGGAGCUCCACGAGGGGAAGCUUGCUCCUGGAAAACUCCUCCUAGAUUUGAAUGCUCGAGAGUAUGACCCAUAUGAGUGCCCCAAUUAUAUGGAGCACGUGUUAGAAGUGAGUGUGGUGUACUUCCGAUCACUUUACUCACCUGAUCACUUUAAUGAGACUAUUUGGAACGUGAGGGAGUUACUCGAAUUCAGUGAUGCUGUUAAGAUUCCAUCGGUGCCUUACCAACUAGUGGGAUCGAAACGAAUACAAAUGAUGCUCCUUGAUGAAUCCAUCCUAAAAAAGUAUCUCUCUCUAGACUUAAAUAAGAGAAAAAAAUCAGACAAGCAAAUACAACACGAUAUGAAUCUGUUACAGAAAACGUUCGCCCUGCAGGUGGACCCAUCGCUCAGCCAAAAUGAACACAUCGUUUCGCAUGCCAUUAGGGAGGACCACCAUUAUUUACUCAAACCGCAAAGAGAGGGGGGAAAAAAUAAUUUACACGGUACAGACAUUAGGGAAAAGCUCAUGCUUUACUAUAAACCGGAGGAACGGGAUAAGCUCUCCUUUUAUGUCCUCAUGCAGAGGUUGUUUCCGACUCCAUUCACUGCGGUGCAUUGCAGGACGAGGGUGCACCCAAGCGGGGAGGCCACAUGUGAUUCUUCGAAUACAGAGAAGGGAGCAGUGGGAGGAAAUAUAUCCGGCGUCCAAUGCGUGAGUAAAUCCCACAUCGUUGAAUUCUCACCUGAACAAUCCAUCUCCGAAAUUAGCCUCUUCCACAAUUUUGUGUUUUGCAAAAAUGUGAACCUGCUGAAUGAACAGAAGGGGUACCUGGUGCGCACGAAGAACGCCCGGGAGAACGAGGGGGGCGCCAUUUGCGGCAUCUCCAGCUUGGACUCCUUCUUCUUG